ACCCCGGUCCCGGGUAAGUACGUGCGCAUGCGUUGAUAUCUGAAUAUCCAAAAUUUCGACGGGUUUCUGUUCGGCUUCCUUUAUUUUGUCCUAAUUUCAACCAAGGCUUUGACAAAGGUAACAGAAUGUCAAGCUGUGAGAAAGAGGUGCUUCGGAUAGGGAAACAAAUUGACAAAAUUGUCACAAAAGGCUCGGAAUCUGAAGAUUCCUUGCAGUUACUGAAAGAACUCAGAUCCUUGAACAACACAAUCACUUUGGAGGUUCUUCAGAAAACUCGCAUUGGGAUGGCAGUGAACAACCUGAGAAAACAGAGUGAUCAGGAGGAGAUCAUAAAUCUAGCAAAGGUACUCAUCAAAGGCUGGAAAAAGCUCCUUCCUCAGCAAGGUGGUAGCACGCCCUCGACCAACAAGUCCAAAGAGAAAACAUCAAACGGUGACUCAGGCAAUUCAUCGGACCAAGGCAGAGGGGAGGGUGACAGCUCAAAGACGAUAAACAGGCAGUCUUCAGCUUCAUCUUCCAGUUCGUUCUCCUCCUCGGGCCUAGAUGUCGUCAGGGAACGUUGCAAGCAGAUGCUGGUUAAUGCUCUCAAAGUAGCAAUACCUGAUUUAGAUGACGGGGAAGAAUUACAAGACCCAGAAGAGCUAGCUGGCAUCAUUGAAGAUUGUAUCUACACUGAAUUCGGUAAUUCGGAUUUGAGAUAUAAGAAUAGGGUGAGGAGUAGGGUUUCCAACCUCCAAGACAGCAAGAACCCAGACCUCCGUAGGAUGGUCCUCAGAGGAACCAUCCCUGCAGAGAAGAUCGCUUCCAUGGCUGCUGAGGAGAUGGCAAGUGAGGCCAUGAAGCAGAUGAGACAGAAGUUUACCAAAGAAGCCAUCAAUGACCACCAGCUUGCUCACACUGAAGGCACCCGUUCUGCCCUGCUCACAUGUGGCAAAUGCAGAAAGAAGAACUGCACUUAUAACCAGAUGCAGACAAGGAGUGCUGAUGAACCUAUGACGACCUUUGUAUUCUGUAAUGAUUGUGGACACAGAUGGAAGUUCUGCUGAUGUCAACCAAUCCGUCUGUUGUAGAUAUUGUUUCAUAUGAAUACCACUCUCUUGUACAUACUCCCGCACCUGGAAACCACGGCAGCAAAGAAAGAACCAUAUCCAAUGUAUUGACUCUACCCACUGUUCUCACCCUUGAUGCGAAUCCUUGGGGACUAGAAUAUGCCAAGGCUAAAUUCCCCUUGACAAGUGUACUGACGAUCAUAUUAAAUAUAUGUCAAUCCGUACUUUCAACCUGAAAAGCACCCCAGAGAUUCUUGAAGACCAUAUUAAAAUAUGGUCUUACUCAGUUUGGACCAAGACUGUACCAGCAUUUUCGCCAGUGCACAUCACUAUUGUUACCGGUACCAAGCAUGUAGGACUUUGAAUAGAACAUGUCAAGAAUACAUUCUCCCUGACGAGGGUACUGACAAUGGUAAUACUUUUUUCAAUCCAUACUUGGAAAGCACCCCCAGCAAUGACCAGUUUUGUAUGCAGGCCCACCAAACACUGGAUUGUGUGACUCUCCUAUACACACAGGGCCUUUAGUUAACAUUCUAAUCCGAGGAAUGGAGUGUUUUCCCCUGAACCUGAACCUGCAGCGAGAACAGAGGAGAGGGUCGCGCUAACCCACAUUGAGACAGCAAUCAUUUUCACAUUUUAGUCUGCUCAGCUCAGCACAGGAUUCAAACUCACGCUCAUGAUGAAAGCAUGAUGUGAGCAAGAUGACGAUCCAAUUGCACCACACUGCUUCCUUCUAAAGAAUUUUUUUUCAAUGGUCUUUUUAUUUCAAGGGUCUAAAUUGGCAAGUGCAUGAAUGGCUAUGCUGUGGCUCUUAUGCAAGAGAUAAUUAUAAUUAUUCAGUAUCUCUUAGAUUCAUGAGUAAAGUCUGUUACUGUAUUCUGAUAUCUGUUGUUUUUUUUCCUUUUGUAGGUCUCUUAAAAACAGUUUAGAGUUAGAAAGAGUCUCCCAAAUUAAAAUGUUAAAAUAAUUCAGGAAAAGCUCUUACCAGUAGGUAGCUACAUGUAUGGGUCUGUUCUAUCACAUGACACCAAAUUAUCUGAUGAUAUUUUAUGCUCGAGGGAGCAACCGCUAUAUGACUUGUGUUCGCAAAGUGUGGAGUUGUCACUUUUUCCAACUUAUUUUUGAGUUGCACUUAGAUCCCAUGUGUUAGCUUUAAAUGGAAGUCUUGACAAUUUUGUAUCAGUGGUUAGAUGCUAGACCAUCCGGGCUCUUGUUUGUUUGUUCAAUUGGUUCAUGACUUUCUUGACUUAUUUAUGAAGUUAUUAGUUUAGGUUCAAAUGUCAUUCUGUUGAAUCACCUAUAUUUUGCAAGUUUGUCUGUAAAUGUGGCUGUAAAUUCAGGUGCCACUAAAAUCAGAAAACUGUUGUUGUAACCAUGACAAUUUCUUUAAGUUUAUGAAUGGUGUUGAUUCACAGGUUUCACGCUGUAAAUCAACCAAAAUUAUUGGACAUUCUCGCCUCUCUUUCAAGAGAAUAAAAAUCAUGUAUAUGAUUACCUUUGUUUGAUCAAGUUCAAUAUUACUAGCAUAUUGCUUUACCUUCAUACAACACGUCACUCCACUGCUGCAGAUUGAGCUUGCAGUAUUAUUUCAAUAUUGCACCCUGACCAUGAUCUUCUCAUAAUAUUCAAUCCUGCACAUGGCAAGGGCAAUCAUUCACAAGCAGUGCCGCCUGCUGGCUUCAAUCGCUUGUUCCCACAGUAAAUUUCACUGCAAACAUGUAUUUCAUAGAAUGUGUAUGUGUAAUAGUAAUAUUGGCUUUCUUUUGUGGUAUAUCAGAUACUUUUUAUUCACCUAGCAUGAAUAUUACGAUUGUCUGUGACUCGUGAUAUAUUCACGAGCUGAAUGCAGUAUAACUGAUAUUUCACUCAAGGGCAGCCGAUAUGAAACAAUUGCAACACCAAAACUUGCUGUGAAAGCCAUCAUCUGUCAACACUCAAAACAGUCUGCAAAAUGUUCAUGUUGCUAAUGUUUCUGGUUUUACAUGAAUCGUGUAGUAUUUUUGAAAAAUGUAUAUAAUACAAAAUGUAAUAUUCCAUCCAAGUUCAGUUUAUUUCAUUUAGUGUUUGUUUGAAGUAUUCCCUUGCUUGUCCAAAUUUGUAUAGAUUUUGUUGCCAUUUUGUGUAGGUAUCACUAUACAUGUAUAAUAUAAUGAUAUUAGUUGCAAGCAGUAAUAAUCAGCUCAUGUAACUUAAUUUCUGUUUUUGUUUCAUUUUCAUUAAAACUCAUGUUUAUGUUUAUAAAAUGCAAACAGUAGUAAAUGAUUGAUUUUCUUGCUCUUCCUAUGAAAUAAAUGUGUCAUUUACCAUGAAGUUGCAAUUACUCUCAAUUAUAAGGUAACAUCAAUAUGGAGAACUUUCAACUUGUAUUUCGCAUCAAUUUUUAGGCCAAAACAGUAUCACCCAUUCAAUGCCAUGUGGUUUUAUCGAUUGAAUACACAUUGAUGACAUGAAUUCAUGAUAUUAAAAUUAUCAGUUGUUUAAAAAUGUA